GGGACGCUGGAUAUUGGAUAAGGCUUUUACAAUGCCCGGAAGCUCCACUUUAUCCCAGUAGCUCAUGCAGCUCUAAUGCCCCACAAUCCAAUCACUUGCCGAUAGCGGUCGGGCUUUUCCUUUGGUUAUCUCUAAUUCAAUUUCAAUAGAUAUGGAGGUUGCCAGCAGUCAAAAUGGUAGUAGCAUCAUGUGGUUCUUCAGAGACAAAGGUUUUGAUGAUAAAAGUAUCAACGAAAUGUUCAGAAAGUGUAAGCGCCUUCAGGGUGUCCAGAAGGAAACAGCCUCUGAAAACUGGGCUUACCUGAAAAGCAUUGGUAUUCAAGAGAGAAAGCUGCCUUCUGUUGUUUCCAGGUGCCCCAAAAUUCUUACUCUUGGUCUAAAUGAGAAGCUUGUCCCCAUGGUAGAGUGCCUUGCUACCCUGGGAACUAAACGUCAUGAAGUUGCUUAUGCGAUUGCUAGAUUCCCUCACAUAAUCUCUCACAGUGUGGAAGAGAAGCUUUGCCCACUCUUGGCUUUCUUUCAAGCAUUAGGGGUCCCUGAAAAGCAACUGGGCAAAAUGAUAUUGCUAAAUCCAAGGCUCAUCAGCUAUAGCAUUGAAUCUAAACUCACAGAAAUAGUUGACUUCCUUGCCUCCCUUGGACUUACUAGAGAAGGGAUGAUUGGUAAAGUUCUGUCUAAAUACCCAUUUAUAAUGGGUUAUAGUGUUGACAAAAGGCUACGGCCUACCUCUGAGUUUUUGAAAUCAGUAGGUUUGUCUGGGACAGAUCUUCAAACGGUGGCCAUGAACUUUCCUGAAGUGUUGUGUAGAGAUGUGAGUAAGAUUCUUAGACCUAAUUUUGCAUAUCUAGAAAGAUGUGGAUUUGGGGAUAGACAGAUAGCAGCUUUGGUGGCUGGCUAUCCCCCUGUUCUUAUUAAGAGCAUCAAGAAUUCUUUAGAACCUAGGAUUAGGUUCUUGGUUGAGGUGAUGGGGAGGCAAAUUGAGGAAGUAGCUAAUUACCCUGACUUUUUUCGGCAUGGUUUAAAGAAGCGAUUAGAGUUGCGGCACAGACUUUUGAAAGAGAAGGAUGUCACUUGUAGCUUAAGUGAAAUGCUGGACUGCAAUCACAAGAAGUUUCUACUGAAGUUUGGAUUGUUUAAAGGGUUUGCCUAAGGUAUUAAAGCCACAUUCCAAUUCUCUUUGAUCUAUCAUUUUUGUACUGUAGCUUGAUUGUCACCUUGUUCCAUGAAGUGAAUCUUUGUAUAUGUUUCUAAGCUUAAUAAUGAGAAAUUAAGAUCAGCAACUGCAGCUUUUGUCCGA